UAGCGUGCUGUUUCAAAAGAUUCCAACUUGUUUCAUCUAUAAAAACUUUUGUAUGUUUCAUUCUGUGGUGUUUUGAUAAUAUACUGAUGCAUAGAGUCGUAAGCGCAUGUCUGCAAGCUGAAAAUUGAAGACUUCACAUCAUUUGCAUAUCCAAAACAUCGCUUUCAUUGUGUUUGUAAGUGUUUUGGUUUUUAUAGACAAAAGUGAUUAGGCCUUAUUGAAUGAGAACGAUUAAUUUGUAAGCCAGUGCAGUGCAAAGCUAAGUCAUACAAGCAGUCGGAUUAGUUUUUUGAACGUGUUAAUUAUUUCUUAGUGAUCGGAUAUUUUUUCAUAGUUUCUCCGGAGCAUUUUCAUUGUUUAUCACGGGAAAAGCAGAAUAUUUUUCUUGCGAAUAUUGUGUACAGGAUCCGAACAAUGCCGGCUCGUAAGAAACCAGCACCGAAAGGACCGUUCUUCUUCUUCAUGUUGGAGUUUCGUCGACGGGAGGAAACUAAAGGCAAGAGUUUCCCUGGAGGAAUGGAGCAGGUCAUGCAAGAAGCCGGACCUUCAUGGAAUCGGCUCAAAGAAGCUGAACGGCAGGUCUACAAGGAUCAAGCCGCAGCCUAUAAAAAUCAACCGAAGCAAAACUACGGCGAAAAGUACACCGCCCAGGGUGUUCCGUAUUCGCUGGUCGAGAUGCAGAAACAGGAGCUACUGAAAAAGCAACAAACGAUUGGAUUAGUUAUUUCCGAGAUGAUUCAAACCGCUAUGCAUAACAAUGUGUUGGAGAAGAUGCAGAUGUACUUCAUUUCGAUUAACCAUUUCUGCAAAACAUCUACAAAUGUGUUCGUACCGGCCGAGUUGGCAAUGGUGCAAUACAAUCUAGAAUUGGGUGUCCAGGCUAAGAUGCACGAACUGAUCAAUCCCGUCAAAUUGCCUUUGGGACUGGCACUUGAAGCGACCCAGUUAAGCGAAGAAACUCAUGAGUUGCCUAUUCCACCGAAUGCGAUGGGCGAAACCGAUCUCGAUAACGUGCUGCAGAAAAUCUUGAAUUUUACCGAUUACAAAAACAAUACCCAAAAACAGUUUCCCGUUAUAACUGAUGAAAAGCAAGUUCCGGUGGUUGAAAGCAUUUUGGAGCAGUGCGACGAAGAUUCGAAGAUCGAUUAUCGAUUUCUGGUAAUUCCACUGGGAGAGUUCUUUUUCCACUUGAAGCGUGCCACGGAAAAAUACGGAUUGGACAUUUGCACCUUCCCAUCCAAAACCAUAGCGGAUAUUUUACUGAAGAAAGACACGUACGAAUAUACCAGCGGAAUUGCAUGCGAUUUUCACGAGAAGCGAGGAAAUACCAGAUUCUGUGCACUGUCGAAGGCUGUUCGCUGGACGUACAUACUUUCUGACAAUUGCUGUCUGGAUCUGAGCAUUGAUUUGAUUGCUGGGUGCCAUUUGCCGUCGAACGCCGACACUACACUGUGUUUAAAUCUGGCCGAAACAACAUCGUAUACCAACCAGGGUCAGACUGAUGGAUUAUCUAUGGUUUCUUCGGUGCAGACUAAUUAUACACUUCCGAAUAUCCAGAAACAUCGCGCAAUGAGUACUUUCUAUGACGAGAAAUGUUCCUUUGUGUCUCGUGUAGCAGGACCCAGUAAGGAAACGAAAAAAGAUGCUGGCGCCUUGAUGAAUCCGUUCCAAAUGAUUGAUGUCAACGACAGCGUUUAUGAUCCCAAUUUGCCGAGAAAGAGUACUGAACAAAUCGCCGCGACAACCAGGAGCUGCAAAACACAAGACCGGGACACGGAGGUUGGAAUGAUACGCCAGCCAGCGGUCACGGAAUCAGGUCGCGGGCGUGGAGCGUUGCUUAAUAAUUCAUUUAGUGCAGUGCUACCACCAGCAAGCCAACGGCAGCAUUUUUUCGCUGAUAUGUCUUCUAUUGGUACGAAUUAUUCCGUGAAACUAAGCGACGAUGACGAUUAAUCAUUCGAUUUCUGGUUGUUGUUAGUAUUUCAUAAACGAAAUAUUAAAAACGUGUUCAAAAGCAUUAUUUCGAUAACAAUUUCGAAAAUAUUCAAAUGCUCAAUUAUCAAUUCAUUUGAUUUCAAAUUCGCGAUACUUAUUUUUACUAUAUAACAGUUGAAAAGAUCUCAAACAAAUCGAAAUAAGUCCAGGAUAUCAAACAUGCAUUAUCAAAUCCAAGAUAUUGUUGUUAAAAAAAACUAAAUAAAUUUGCCAAUAAAUGUUGUACGAUCCCAGCCUAAGACUAGACAUAUAUUUUUUUUUUAGCCGAGGACUUUAUAAAAGAAGAUAGUCGAUCUUCAAGAAACUUGAAUUUGAAUUGCAAUCGAAGCUAAAGCUUUACAUAGCAACGUGUUCUUAUCAAAUCAGAACAGGUUAGAACUUAUACUUGAAUAAACACAUCGAACGUAGG